CCUCUCCCCCCCCCGCCAGCUGCGGAGCCAGCCAAGCAGCUGGCUGGGAGGGCUUCUUUCACCAUCGUCCAGCGACUGCCGCAGCGCAGCUGGAAAGAAAGGGGAAGGGACAGGCCGCCGGCUCCGGAUCGAUUGCCGGGUCCUUGCAAAGCCUCUGAAGGGUCGAUGGAUACCCUCUCCUGCUUGUGAGGCACACGGCGCAGUGGCGCCUUUGGAAGUGCCGCGAAGCCAGCAUGUGGACUGGUCAGACCCAUAUUGAGGAGGCAAGACCACAGCUCCAAAAGCAGCUAGUGGUGGGUCAGUGGAAGCAUCUUUCAGCAACUAACAGAGGGCAAGAGAUACAGCUCCCAGAGCCUUCUGUCAAGAGCUUCACUGGUGGGGAUGACACCCAGUCGGUGGCACAGUUGAACGUCUCCCGCUUGCGCAGCUCCUCGGUAGAAAUCCGUGAGAAGGGCUCUGAGUUCCUGAAGGAGGAGCUCCGUAGAGCUCAGAAGGAAUUAAAGUUGAAGGAUGAAGAAUGUGAGAGACUUUCCAAAGUCAGGGAACAGCUGGAGCAGGAACUGGAAGAGCUGACAGCAAGCUUAUUUGAGGAAGCCCACAAAAUGGUCCGGGAGGCAAACACCAAGCAAGCGGCCUCAGAGAAGCAGCUGAGGGAGGCGCAAGGGAAGAUUGACAUGCUGCAAGCAGAGGUGACAGCCUUGAAGACGCUAGUCAUAACGUCAACUCCUUCCUCGCCAAAUCGGGAGUUGCACCCACAACUUCAGAGCCCCACCAAAACAGCCUUCAGAAAGGGACAUGGACGCAACAAGAGCACCAGUAGCACCGGUGCAACGACAGUUGCUGGCCAGAGUGCACCCCAGGAAUCAGUCAACAGCGAAUUCAAAGAGGUGGAUUCCAUCUUGUUUGCAGAAUUUCAGGCUUGGAAGGAGUCUCCAACAUUGGAUAAAUUGUGUCCUUUUCUCAAGAGGAUUUACCAUGAAGAUGUAGGCCCUUGCCUGGACUUCACCAAGCAUGAACUUUCAGAGCUGGUUCAGGCAGCUGUGGAGCAGAACACCCUUACCAUUGAACCAGUGGCUACCCAGGCAUUGCCUGUAGUGAAGGUGGCAGCCAUUGAAUGCGGUGGACCAAAUGGGUUCCGGUCCCAAAUUAUAACGAAAUGCGCUCUGAGCGGCCUGUCCCGAGCCUGUAAGCAUCGUAUCAAACUGGGGGAUUCUGGGAAUUAUUACUAUAUUUCCCCUUCCUGCAGGGCCAGGAUUACAGCCGUAUGCAACUUCUUCACUUAUAUUCGGUACAUUCAGCAGGGACUGGUGAGACAAGAUGUGGAAUUGAUGUAUUGGGAAGUUAUGAGGCUUCGGAAGGAAAUGUCCAUUGCUAAACUGGGCUUUUAUCCCAGCGAGAUGUAAAUGGAAGAUGAUGAUCAGGAAGGAUUUUUGCCUUCAGUUAUUCUGUGGACAUCCAGAAAAUCGAGGACAGAAUGUCUGCUCAUUCAAGAUGGCACAAUAUUAAUGGAAAAUGUAAGAAGCACAAGCACAUCCUGUUGAGUGACAGCCCCAGUUUCUUGAGAGCACCUACCCCAGGCAUUUUUACCGAGUGAAUAUGAGCUCUCUGGCAUUAUGGAAUGAGGCCAUGUUGGAACUCCUUCCUUUUUUCUAUGCAUUCCUCCUCAGCCAGUAUAUAAUACUCUACUUAAAAGCCACUCUAUAUACACACAUGUUAAAAAUAUUCCUGAGGCCUCGGCUGGACCUUGGGCUCAUUAUCUGCUUGCCACUCUGAAAUCUAAAUGCUGUUGGUCACUGCUGCAUUGAGGAUAGAUAGAUAAACGACUGCUCUAGCUUUCCAAAGGCUGAAAACAGCCUUCCUUGAGAGCUGUAAGGUGCAGAUUCCUCCAGCAUUUCUUAGGAGCUUGAAAGGGGUAGCUGGGAAAGGUUUUGCUUUUGUUUCCAAUUGUAGCUCAGGGUUUUCUUUUGAGGGAUCCAUGGACCCUUUUUGCCACACUCUGCACACUGGUAUUAAAGGCACUCCUUAUCAAAAACCCCACUCAUGAUGGAAGGUAGGGGAAAUGAUCUAAUGGAUCGCCACUCAUGACCAAUGGACUUAUUUUUUAUGCCACAGACAUUCUAGAACAAGCUCUUCCCACCUGAAAUAAUUUCUUCCAAGGCUUCUUCAACUGCGCUUGGUUGCAUUCAACAUACUAGUCAUUAGUCCGUUGCCAUGAACUUCCUUAGUCCACCCACAUUUCUGCUGUAUUCCUGGUUUCUCAUUUAGAGGCUUGCAUCUGGCUAAGUAUUUUCUAAACUUAAACUCCCCCUGGCUUUAUUCACAUCCAGAGAUUGACCUCAGAGACUGAAUUUUCUAGCAAGUCAUUAGAAGUUACACACAUUCUGCAGUUUUUAAAAAGUGGGGGCUAUUUGGAUUUAAUUAGUGAAACUUCAGUUUUGAUGCUACAAGUAUUGAGGAGGAUCUCUUUUGUUUGUAUUUUAGGGUAUACUUAAAAGUAGAUAUUUAAUUUUUAAUUCAACUAUCUAGAUGACCUGUUGGGUGUUAAUAAAAUGAAAAUGCCUCUCAUUUUAUCUGGUUAAAGAAGGAAACAGCUUUUCCUUUUGGAAAAUAUUUUGAAACUUCUGAGAACAACUGAUACAGGCUUCCUAGAAGACAUAAUUUCCCUUGGUAGCCAUUCUCUCCUACUUUCAGGCCAAGUGGUUUAGUUGGUGGUCACUCAUUGCACUUGCUUUUAGCUUCCAUCAUGAAUAACGACAAUGAGAAUCAGGUUUGGUUGGUAAUCCAUGAAUUCACAAAGCCUCUACAACCAGAGCCUGCUGCAUGGAUGAAUUUAACUGAUCAAUUCAGUUGGUGUUACUGAGGGAUUGUUCCAUUGGUUCCAUUGGGCAUGUACACCUGGUUGGCAGCAGAAUUUUGCAUACAUUGUGGCUUCCUUUUGUCUCCUUAUGAUUGUACCCUCGUCCUGGAUCUGUGUGGACUUUACCAGAUUUUCAACUCUACCAUCACAAGAGGAGGAAGCCAGAACAUGACACAGUGGCUAGAGGUUAUCAACUGAUCAUUGACGGGGUUGUUGGGAUUAUGUUCUGAAUGUGAUGUGAAGCCACAUCUGACAGUUGCCUGUAAUCACUGAAUUGGACACUAUCAUUUCUAUUCUUGGGGAAGUAAUGUUUUCUUCAGUUUGCCUUGAAAUUAAUUGGUUGACUUUACUAAUAUGUUGUUUAUGAGCAAUAGAGCAAGCACUCUUUGGGGUGUUACUGGAAGUUAUUGACUUGGGAGUGUUGGAUAGUGUUGCAUAUCAAACAGUAUUUUCUUGACCUAGUUGUUGGAGUGAAACUGAAGAUCCCCCAUUGCUUUGUUGUUCACUAUCCCCUGGCUACUAUCCUAAUCAUUUAUAGUUCCACUUGAGGGCUAAAGAUUGUAUAUAUUUAUACAGCAGUCAGAAACUUGUAGAAAUUGUGACUGCCUUACGAGACAAUCCAGUUUGUUCAUUGAAAGGAGAUUUAGCAUUGUUUUGAGUACAAAAUGAACUGUUGUGAAGAAGUUGAAAUUUCAUCUGCAAAAAAUAUUUCUUACAUCAAAUUCACUUCAAAGGCCUACAGUUUAUUUCACACUGGCUGGAAGUUUUGCACUGUCAUUAUUUACUUAUCAAUAUCUGGUCCUAUAAGAGAUGAAGGAAAUGAUUAGAUCAAGGUGGCUUUGCUAGCUGCCAGUUUUCCCAAAUUACAAGAAUUGGUUGCCAGAAAAGAAAAGCAUAUUACAGCAGCUUUGAAUAUUUUCUCCUGGUUGCAUUAUUAUCUCUUCCUUACUUCUAUGUUCCUAUUCUAAUAACAUAUCCUGAUUUCUAUUUAAUAAAUAGACUCCAGUGUUGACAUGAAGCUGGUUCUUAUUGCCAUUGGACUGAUUUCUUUUGAAGUCUGCAUGUAUUCCAGUAAUAAAAUAAACAAGGCAUUACAAG